AUGGAAGAACAUGUUUCUGAAAAAAUAAUUGUUGAAGAAGAAAAUGACAGUUAUAAUGAAGCUUUAGGUGUGGAGGAUGAUGAAAAUGAAAAAGAAGAAGAAGUAGCAGAAGAAGAACAUGUAGCAGCAGAAGAAGAAAUAACAGAUGAAGAAGAUGAAGAAGAAGAUGAUGAAGAUGAUGAACAACUUGAAGAUGGUGAAGAUGGACUGGAUAGUGAAAGAGAUGCAGCCGUUGAAGGUGACCGGGAUGCUCUGUCAAUUCCUGUGUUUGUAAGGGCGAUCGACGUAUCCAAAUACAGAUUCAUGACUUUUCUAAGAAAGCAUAGCCGUUCUCUGGCCAAGAUAAGUAUGAGCUCCAAACCAAGUAAAGAAGCAAUGAAGAAAGUCAUGGAUGAUGGCCAAGCAUUCUGCGAUAAAGUUUGCCAGUAUAGCAAGAAAGGGGUGGAUGCAGAGUUGCUUUUGAAACAGUUGAAGUCCAAGAGGCUUUACACAGUCGAGAGGUUUAAGAUUACAUUGGAGGUGCACCCUUACCUUAUUUCUGCCCUACAUGAGAUGGAUAUGGACUACAUGAAGAAUUUGAUAGCAUACGAUGAUGAGGUAGCGGAUCCUAUAAUCGACCAGCUAGCGGUUGAUUUGGAAUGGGUGGCUGACAUUAAAAAAAAGCACCUGGCGCAGCGAGCUUAG